ACUAUGGGCAUUUUACUGAAGUGAUGAUCCCCCUCUCACUAAGCCCAUAUCAUACGUAGAGAUUAUACUGUAUCUCGCGGAGCCCCGAGAGGCCAGAUCGAGGUUAAGCCUAAAGUCAAUUGAGCUGCUCAACUUUCAUAACCUGCCAAAGCUGGUCAUAACUGCAGGAAACUGAGGGGAUAAGCUGCACUCGUGCACCACUCCUCAUUGUGCAGCACUCAUUUUGCAAGAUUCUCACUCAAAUAGUCACUGCACACACAUGAAAAUGAAGAUCUGUUUUUGCACCGAGUAAACCACAGACAUUUAAAGAUGUAAAACGUCGUCAUACUUCAGAUGUCUGUACUUGCUGGUGCUUGCUGGCGUGGGUCAUACUUGGAAACGGCAUUCAACGUGUGCCAGAUCGCCGUCAACCUUUUGUAGCUGCAACAUCAACAUGUUUAACAUGGGUUUAGAGCCGGGGCUGUUGUGUUAAAAGAGGAUCUGGCACGGACAGAUUAGCAGCCAGAAUAGCAGCUCACACCGACUCGUCCUCACAAGGCAGCAGAGACGGCAUCAAUCUUUUCUACACCGGCUCGCGUGAAACAAAACGAUGAAGUGAGGUGACGUCUCCCUGCAGAGCCUCAUUGUCCGUCAGGAGAAGCUAUUUAAAUGCUCAGUACCUCGGCUCCACCCGACCUGUAAUAGCAAAGGGCAGACAAAUUGGGACAGGUGUCAAAGCGUGCAAUCCAUCUCGCCGUCACACCUCGUCGAACGCCACCCUGAGGGCAACAGCUUUGAGUUGUGCGUUUUCGUGUUAGGCUGUUGGGUCACUGGAUUAAUCUGUAUAAAUCCUCUGGACACAAUAAUAGGCCCUCCAAAAUAAAAUGGGAUCUUUUGAAGCCUCACACCUACGCACGCUGAUAAGAUGCAGGAAUCGUGUUUAGAAUUUGUAGAAUGUUUCUGGCCUGACCCGCACAUGUCCCCCCCCCCUCCUUUUCUUUUCUUUUCAAUAAUGAACAGCAGCUUUCUCACUAACAAGGAACCGGCUUGUUUUAAUUAUCCUAUGGUUACUGAGUGACAGAGCCGCAGCCAACUGAAGUGGAUGCCCAGUAAAAAAAUUACAGCACUUUCUAACCUAUAAGCCUUUUCCAGUUGCAUUAGAACCCAGGCUGGAUUUAGAACCGCCAAUCCUGGCUCAGAACAUCCACUUUAUUUAACGGCCCUGUUGCAGCCCACCCUGGUGCCACCACAACAGCCCUCGCCCGCAGAGCAUGUCGCUUUCUCCCGUCUUCAUUAUUGUCCCCGCUCUCCCAGCGAGAGCAGGGAGAGCGGUUUUCAGACGGACAAAAUGAGAAGUGCUCUUCUGCAUGCUGGCCUAACCCCUGAGUUUGAGGUGUCUGGUGGAUUAACGCGCACACACACACACACACACACACACACGACGAGGGCCUGGGCUCCACCACCAACGCUGCAGCCAGGUGUUAACCCACGUGACUGCAGAUAAAGCCGGCAGGCAUUAGUGCUAAUCCCGCCCUGAUCUUUGGAAUAUGUCCCUAUUACCUCCCCAAGCACUCUCUAGCUGUCCCCAGGCCUCCUGAUGCUCACUUAAGAGGGAAAAGACGAGACAAGGGCCUCUCUAGGACUCACUAAAGCACCUUGUUUCCUUACAACAACACAAGUUUCAAUGCUCCUCCGUGUUCUAAGAUGAAGUUAUGGAAAGGUGCUACUUUUGCCUUCAUGCUCUGUGGCGCAGCCCUGUCCAUCCUCCUCAUUAGAAACAUGGCCGCCGUCGGACAGUUCAGACCCAAGACAAAGUAUCCACACACAUCUUCAUCCUCCUCGAGAGCGUCUUCAUCGCCAGGAUCGACGCCCAGAACCUCGCUGCCACCAGCGGUGUUGUCCCGGCAGAUGGGUGGUUCUCAUCGGAGAACCCGCUCGGCGGACAACGUGAACUCUCUCCUCACUGAUUUUACCAUGAUGUUCCAGAGCUUCACGGAAGGCGAGCUCCAGCAUGUGGUCGGCACCUUGCUCGACAGGAAGAGAAGGAAGAGCCGGCGUCAGGGCGACAAUCAGGCCCGAAGGACUAAAAGAGCGCGGCGGCCGAAGCCCUGCUCUCUGAGGGAGCUGGAGAUGACCGUGAGCGAACUGGGUCUCGGCUACGACAGCGACGAGACGGUGCUGCUGCGCUACUGCAGCGGCAAGUGCCUGGCCCACCGGCACAACUACGACAUUACCAUGGAGCACAUGAUGCGGACGGGCUUCAGGAAGAAGGGCCGCAAGGACAAGGUCGGCAACGGGCCCUGCUGCCGGCCGACGGCGUUCGAAAACGACUUUUCCUUCCUGGACAACAACAGCCGCUACCACACGAUACAGAAUGUGUCGGCGAAGAACUGUGGGUGCGUAUGACCCCAGAGAAACGGACGUAUUAUUUCUUCAUGCUGCUCUCGGCCUCAGGUGGAUGAGUUAAACAGGGAUGCUGUUAAAAGACAAACGCAGAAAUCUUUGGAAUAUAAACUCAAGGAGAGGAGGAAACGAAGGGAAUAUGUAUUUGGCUGCUGCACGGCGGCCAUGCCAGACAGACAGACUUUUUGGUGUCUGUCACCACAACUCGGGACAGAAUCACACGAAAGACAUUUCUGUGGAUUCCAUGUAAAAAAACAAACAAGACAGAACACGACUGUUCUUCAAAGUUUUUUAUCAUCUUUUCUAUCUGUGUAGUAACACUGUAAACUGUGGUCUAACAAUAACGUAGCAACAUUAUUUGUGAUAUUGCAUCCGAGUGAUGGAACAUGGGACAGAGUCAUGAAGACGAUGAGCCGCGGUGAAACUCGAUAAAUGCUGUUACUGCAUUUCAGAUCCACGAGACAGUGAAUCAACUUUCAGGCAAAAUAAAGGGCUCAAAUGUCAACAGACAAACAAACAAACAAACAAACAGAAGUACAUUGAAUGCACCAAGGUUUUCUUUAAGUUCUGUGCGGGACAGUUUGCGCCAUUGACCUAAUUAUAGCUUCUCGUGAUAAGCUAUAUUGACACAGGGCACGACUGUGUUUGUUUGCAUCACUGUUACUGAUUGCAGUGUUAUUACACAGGUAUAAGAAGAAGUGUUAUUGAUGAUGAAAGAAAAUACUUUUUUCUAUAGCUCAAGGUUUGAUACCCACUCUUAAUAAAUGUUUUGUAUAUCGAUGUUGUGUAGAUUAACAGCGAGGACCUGCGUCACAACACACACGUGAACAAUAUGAACAUUGCUACCAUUUGCUCUUCAUAGUAAAUCACAAGUCUUUUUUUUUUUUUUUAAAUAACCCAGUAUUACAAUUACCCAUAAUCCCCUGGAAUUGCCAAAACACACCAAGUCAAUUCAACGAGCAUAAUUCAUUCACAAACUUAUAUCACAGACUGUUUAGAAAGAUGGACGACGA